AUGAAGUCAAUGUUCGCGAUCGCCUUCUUCCUUCUGUGUUUACCAGCUGCGAAUGGCGUCCUGAUACCAAAAGUAUGUGUCCAGGGUGUGACGCAAUGGCCGGUAGUUUGCUGUCCAAAUUACAAGACAUCGAGGUGCGGAAGCGCCCUGGGCCGGGGGAACUGUCUCGCUGUGCCCGCCAGUAGAAGCGAACCUCCGCCAGAUAUUACCUUUGAUGAGCGCUUUGGCUUUCCCGCCUUCUUCUUCAACUGGACUUGCCAAUGCAGUCCCAAAUUCACGGGCUACAACUGUGGUGAAUGCAUUUUUGGCUGGACUGGGGAUAACUGCAACAUUCCGUACACGGUCACCAGAAGGAACAUACUCAGCCUGACCCCAACCGAAGUAGAAACGUAUCUAGCUAAAGCUCAUUACUGCAAAUCCAAAAUUGAUCCAGAAUUUGUCGUUCUGAGAACCGCCGACCGUUUCCGCAAGAGGUCCUUAGAGUUCAUAGAGGCCUCCUACUUGGAUGUGCUCGCGUUUGAUCAUUAUUAUGGCGUGAAACCUUUCAAUUCUGAUGCCGAAGAAUUCUUUAUCAUCAACUAUGCUCAUGGCAGAAGAUCCAGACUGCGCCAUCUGCAAUAA